CACAAUCAGCAGAAGAUCACUGACCUGAAGAGUCGAGGAUGGACGCAGCGUACAAGAAAAUCAAAGGAAGUCAUGAACCUCAAACAGAGGAACCGGGCACCGGGCAACGGAGACGAGGCUCCAUGUAUCUGGAGGAGGAGAUCAACAAGUCAGAAGUUGUGUCCUGCAUCUUCUCCCUGAAAGAGGAAGUUGGAGCUUUAGCCAGGGCUCUACGGCUCUUUGAGGAGAAGGGCAUCAACCUGACCCACAUCGAGUCACGUCCAUCCAGAACGAACAAAGACCAGUACGAGUUCCUCAUCAACGUGGACUCCACCUGCUCGCAGGCCCUGGAUGACAUCAUCGAAGGCCUACGCACACAAAUCAGCGGCCACGUGCACGAGCUGUCACGUAAUAAACAGAAGGACACAGUGCCGUGGUUCCCCAACGACAUCCAGGACUUGGACCGCUAUGCAAACCAAAUCCUCACUUAUGGUUCCGAGCUGGAUGCAGAUCACCCGGGCUUCACAGAUCCCGUGUACAGAAUUCGCAGAAAGGAGUUCGCUGACAUCGCCUACAGCUACAGACAUGGCCAAGUCAUCCCCAGGGUUGAGUACACCGAGGAUGAGAAGGCCACAUGGGGAACGGUGUUCAAGGAACUGAAAACUCUCUACCCGACUCACGCCUGCCGUGAGCACAACCGGGUCUUCCCCCUGCUGGAGAAGUACUGUGGCUACAGACAGGACAACAUCCCUCAGCUGCAGGACGUGUCCCGUUUCCUGCAGUCAUGCACAGGGUUCCGGCUGCGGCCCGUGGCCGGCCUGCUGUCAUCCCGGGACUUCCUGGCAGGGCUGGCGUUCCGUGUCUUCCAUUCCACACAGUACAUUCGCCACGGCUCCAGGCCAACUUACACACCUGAGCCGGACGUCUGCCACGAGCUGCUGGGACACGUUCCACUGUUUGCUGAUCAUAGUUUUGCUCAGUUCUCACAGGAAAUCGGACUCGCGUCACUCGGUGCUCCAGAUGAGUACAUUGAAAAACUUGCUACUCUCUACUGGUUCACGGUGGAGUUUGGACUAUGCAAGCAGGGAUCAGAGAUCAAAGCAUAUGGAGCUGGACUACUGUCAUCAUUUGGAGAACUCCAGUAUUGCUUGACAGACAAGCCCAGGCUCCUACCCUUUGAACCCGAGAAGACCAGCCUGCAGAAGUACCCAAUUACAGAGUACCAGCCAGUGUACUUUGUUGCUGAGAGCUUUGAGGAUGCCAAAGAGAAAAUGAGGAGGUUUGCAGCCACUAUUCCCAGGCCGUUCACGGUGCGCUACAACGCCUACACCCAGAGCAUUGAAGUGCUGGAUAACACUCAGCAGCUCCGAAACCUGGCCGACAGCAUCAAUGGUGAAAUGGAGAAACUAUGUCAAGCGCUGCGUAAACUGGAGCCCGUCUGAGUCUCAGAACGCCAUCUUUGUUUAAUUGGCUCUACAUUUUAAUUCUACAGACUAGCUUUCUUUGUAUUAUAUACAGUUAAAGCACAAUUAAAUUACUGUAAUCCAAUCAUUUAUUUUUAAAUGUGGAAAAACAAAAUAAAUGGAGACAGAGUUGUACAAGAUCUGAACAUUUUACUGCUACUACUGCAUUAUUACAAAAAUGCCCUGUCAAAAUAAGAACUGAAAAUACCAUUUCUUAGGUGGCUUUAAUGAAUGUGAAACCUUGAACUUGCUUCUACUAGAAACAUACUCAUCAAAUCGCAUUUUACCACUUUAUUUACCUUUUAAAACUAAAACCAUAAUUUUUGUUAAUAGUUUUCAUUUUGUUAAUAGUUUUCAGUUGACUAUUGCUUGGAGUUGAACUAAUAAAUAUUUC